AUGGAUGAAAACAGGGGGAACUACACAACAGAGCAGCCCGGAUUGGCGAAAACAGCUAGCUUAAGUUCAGUGUUUGGUGAAGUUGGUAAUUAUGCCUUAUUUAAGGCUUCGAAUGCAAUAGAUGGGACAACGAAAUGUGGAAAAGGCAUUAAUAUUACUAUAGCUUGCUCCAAACAGCAGAUAGAUCCCUGGUUGAAAAUCAGCUUAAUGAACACCAGCAAUGUUGAAAGUGUUUUGAUUUACAAUAGACAAGACUGUUGUGGAGAACGACUACAUGAUGUACGAGUAGAUGUCAUCGACAAUGGACGUAACGUUUCGUGUGGUUUUUACCCCGGACCAGCCGCCAAUGGAGACCGUAUCCUGAUUCUGUGUGAGAGGGAAACCAGAGGGAAUGAAGUUAUUAUUUCUAUUUUAUCAAAAGACGGACAACCCGACUACCUUCAAGUUUGUGAAGUGGAGAUAUAUGGCCGAUCUUAAGAAAAACUUAAUAUCCACUUACUAACGUUGAUAAAAUCCUGAACCUGUAUGUAUAUGUACGGUACCUGUGUGAUGCAUUGGAUGACAUUAAAAUUAAAGCGCAUUUAAACAGGUUUUUGAUUAUCCUUUAGGUUGAGCAGUUUUAAAUAUCAUUGUAUUGGUCAUGAAUCCCUAGAAAAGUAAUUCAAGAAAGAGAAAAAAACAUGGAUCCAUUAUCUAGAUAUGAAGUGUAUACACUGUAUGUAUUUUCUUAGUUCAAAAGAAUAAUGUGCGACAUA